AUGGAAGCGGAGUACUGGAGAGUACUACAGCAAAUUGUUAGAAUGGGAGGAGCGGGAAAGGAAGAUACAAAACUUGAAGAGAUAGAUAUCAACGAGAUGAGAGUGUUGAGUGAAAGUACUAGCCCUCCCAAGAUUAGAUUGGAGGAAAACGACUUCGAAGAAUUAUAUAGAGUAGAGAAUGGGCCGUUGAUUCCUUGGGAGGACGGGUUUGAAACUGGGGCUCCGCUUACGGGAUCGGAGGUGUAG